GAUUUUUACACUUGAAAGCGUGGAUCAUCUUAAAUGUUCUGUCACCUAUGUUUGUAUGACGUAUCUGAAAUCCAUUUGCGCCGAAAAAUUCAAUCGCGUGUGCAACAAUGAUUGAGGAUUCCAACGAUUUCGAAGAUUCUUCAAGCGAAAAUAAUGACGACGAAAACAACGUUCGGGUGCCGACUGAUGCUGACAUUAAGCGAAAAUUGAAUGAGUUCAAAAUAAUAUUGCCAUGGGUUGAAAGGUUGGACAUAGUGAAUGCACCUGCGCCUUUAGCGCCAGAAUUGGCCCUACAAAUGCAAGAGCAAGAAGUCCGCCGAGCAAAGCAGCUGCAAGGGAACAAAAAACUACCACAAUUCUCACCUUUGGAAGAUCCGAUCUUGAAUGAUUUCAAAAGAGAGAUGAUGUUUCACCGACAAGCUCAGGGUGCGGUCAUGGAGGGUAUUGCUAAAUUAAAAAAACUUGGUCUAGUGACGAAGAGGCCGGAUGACUAUUUUGCAGAGAUGGCCAAGUCUGAUCAACACAUGCAAAAAGUUAGGGAAAAUCUCAUGAAAAAACAGGUAGAAGCACAAAGAUCGGAAAGAGUUAGACAAUUAAGGCAACAGCGAAAGGUUGGUAAGCAAAUGCAAAUUGAAGCGAAAUUGAAAAAGCACGCUGAGAAAAAGAAAAUGCUUGAUGAGGUUAAGAAAUAUCGCAAAGGUGUAAGAAAUGAUUUGGAUUUCUUGGAUGACAAGAAAAAGCCUGGCAAUAAAAAAGCUGGAGGCCAACAUAUGGAUAAAAAGGCCCAAGCGAAAUUGAAAAUGAAGAAUUCGAAGUAUGGUUUUGGCGGCAAAAAACGUGGCAGUAAACAGAAUUCCAAAUCUAGUGCUGCGGAUGUAUCGGAGUGGAGAAAACCUGGUAAACCAAAAAAGGGAAAGGGUGCUGGGAGCGGUAAACAGAGGCCCGGGAAAAAUCGUCGUGUCCAGAUGAAGUCGAAAAAAAAAUGAAACAGCUAGCUUUUCAGUAACUGGUAAAUAACGUAUCGAGUGCAACAUCACGUUGUAAAUCACCUAUAUUUUGUAUAUAUAACUAAAAUAUAUAAAUAAAAUAAUUUUGUAAGAAACCAUA